AUGAUCCUCACGCGGCACGAUGCAGCCUCGCCACUCCUCGCCACCUAUAUGCUCCCCUUCUCGCUCAUCCUUCUAAUUGUCCUUCCCAUCACAACCCUUGUUCGCAUCCGUUAUCGCCGAGGCCUGCGCGAAAUCCCGGGCCCCUUCUUAGCCAGUAUCCUGCCGUUUGAUCGCAUGCUCAGCGCCUACUCUGGACGGCAAUUUCAGCGCCAUCUUGAGUACCAUGCCAAGUAUGGGAAGUUGGUCCGCGUGGGGCCUAACCAUUCGCCCAUUGGACCCAUUCCCACUGUCUUUUCGAUUGUCGACCCUGUCGGACAUAGGAAUCUCAAAAGACCUGUGGGUGCUGCGUUCGCCCUGAGCUCUUUGCUCGACUUUGAACCCCUGGCCGAUGACUGCACACGGAUACUGGAAGGCAAGCUUGAUGCCCUGCAAGGCCAGCCGAUUGAUUUUGGUACGUGGCUGCACUGGUACGCAUUCGAUGUGAUCAGCAGCAUCACCUUCUCCAACCGACUGGGGUUCAUGGAGAGAGAGGAAGACGUCAAUGGCAUCAUUGCUGCGAUCGAAGGUCGGUUGUUCUACAACUCGAUCAUCGGCCAGGUUCCGAGCAUGCACAAGUGGCUGCUGGGAAACAACACCGUCUCACGACUAGCCGACAUGGUACCCGCCAUCAAGCGACUGAACUCAGCAGCAUACAUUGUCCAGUUCGCCGCGAGACAGUUGGAGAUGAGGCAAAAUGCCAAGGCUGAGCAUGGACGGUCCGACAUGGUGGACAAAUUCAAGAUGACGAGGGAUGGCGAAGAAGUCAUGAGCCAGAAGGAGUUGUUGGGACAUGCGAGUUCGAACGUGUUCGCUGGUUCCGAUACAACAGCCAUCUCCCUCCGGGCGCUGUUCUAUCACCUUUGUAAGAACCCGCACGCGUACAAGAAAUGCGUGGAUGAGAUCCUCAGUUUCGAUGCCCGCGGCGAGCUGUCCGAGUAUGUCACGUACUACGAAGCGCAGCGCAUGCCAUAUUUUCAGGCGUGUAUGAGGGAGGCGUUGCGCAUGCAUCCCGCCGUGGGACAGUUGCUCGAGCGGGUUGUCCCCUCAGGCGGAGCCACAAUCGACGGUGUCUAUCUACCAGCAGGGACGAUUGUAGGCUUCAACCCCUGGGUCGCGGCGAGGGACAAAGCAGUAUAUGGGCAUGACGCUGCGCUAUUCCGGCCGGAGCGGUGGAUCGAAGCCGAUGAGAAGACAAUGAAGUUGAUGGACCGGAACUGGCUCGCUUUUGGAGCCGGCUCGCGCACAUGCCUGGGCAAGAACAUCUCCCUGAUGGAGAUGUCGAAGCUCGUGCCGCAGCUGCUCCGUCGAUACCACAUCCGACUGGCCGAUCCAAACGCCGAGUGGGAGCUGUUUGACUACUGGUUCGUCAAGCAGGAAGGCCUGAGAUGUACUCUGACAAGGAGAGACGGUGGGAAGGAGUAG